AAUCUCCCUGACAAGUUGUCCUCGGGUGAGCUGCUGUUAGUCAUUGUUUCUCUGAUCUCGGCGUUGACUCUGAGACCCUGGGUGACAGUGUGAAGUGUGCUGCUAGUUUUAUUCACUUUUACAGACAUGGAGCCUCCUGAUUUCGAAGCCAUGAACUUUACGGUGGAGCCGGUGGCCUCACUUCACCCGUUAUGUGAGGAAUGGAGAGACACCACGGAGGGCUCCGUCUUCCAUCUCGGCAAUAUUUUCCUUUUCCUUGGUUUCAUGGGCGGCAGUGGCUUCUACGGACUCCUCUACCUGUUCACCUUUCUGACUCUGGGCUUUUUCUGCACCACUCUGUGGGCUUGGACGGACUCCUGCACCACAGACUCUUUCCUGUGGAGUUUCGCACUGUUCGGGGUGUGUUUGGGACAGGUCCUGCAUGUUGCCUAUCGACUGAGGAGCGUCUCAUUUGAGAAGGAAUUCCAGGAGCUUUACAGCUGCAUGUUUCAGAAACUGGGAGUGUCGCUCACACAGUUUGGAAAGAUAAUUGCCUGCUGUGACGGAGACAUCCACACCAUACAGAGGGACCACUGCUUCGCCAUAGAGGGAAAAACCGCUAUAGACAAGCUGUCUGUGCUGCUGUCUGGCAGGAUUCGAGUGACCGUUAAUGGAGAGUUUCUGCAUUACAUCUACCCCUUCCAGUUUCUGGAUUCACCUGAGUGGGACUCUCUCAGACCAUCAGAGGAGGGUGUAUUCCAGGUCACCCUGCGAGCUGAUAACCCCUGCCGAUAUGUGGCGUGGAGGAGGAAGAAACUCUAUCUGCUUUUUGCUAAGCAUCGCUACAUAGCUAAGAUCUUUGCCCUGGUUGUGCGAAAUGACAUCGCAGAGAAGCUGUACUCCCUUAAUGACAAGGCUUUUGACAGUGCUGGGCACCGAUAUGAUCUCCGCCUACCAAGUCACAUGCCAGCGACCGAAUUAGAAAGAGCAGAUGCCUUCUUGCAAGUGCCGGUACAGGGGCCAAGGACUGCCUGAACACACUCAUGUACAUACACCCACACUGCUCCAAGUCAUACACUCACACAGACCUUGCAUGUCAGUUAUAUCGGGCAAAGUGCGGUAUUAUCUGUACCAUCUAGAGUGAGUGAGUUUCAAGUGAUAAAAUCUGCCAAUAUUACCAUUUCAAUCCGGUAGGUGGAGCCAGAGGGGAACAGUGGGACUGACUACCCAUGGCCUGCUGUCAAUUUUCUUUUGAUAUACUGUUUUAUAAAAAUAGUUAAUGCUCUAAACAAGAGAAGGAAACAAUUUUUUCUGAAUACGUUUUGACAUAGCGAACAUUUAACUCACGACUGAUCAGCUUUAAGACAUAUUUUCUCUCAUGGGCGGCCAAAGUUGUUGUUUAGUCAUUGUUGGGGAGGGUGGCCCCUAAUGGACCUAAAAUAAAAAAUAAAAAUUAUAACUUUCAUGAGUUAGCUAAAAUAGUCUGAAUAAACAGACAUUCACAAUUACUCUGAGUCUGUCUCAGAGGCCCCUCUCACCCCUACUAAUUGCGUAAAAUGGUUUAGUCCGCCCUGUGCCAGUCCACUGGAUUGACUGUCAUCAGAGUGAAUCUGCAGCACCAUGUCUGCCACCCAAAAAAACAAAGUCAGGGUUUAAAAAAACAAAAGAAAGAAAGGAUACAGAAAGAAAGUCGAGGGAAACAGCUUUAAAGUAGUUUCUUUCAAAAGGAAAGUAAGCACAACAUUUAUAGUUUUUGAAUGGUUUAAGAUAAUACCAGUAAUUUAGAUUUAAGGCAGUCAGCCAGCAGGAGUCUACCUUGGAUUAUAUUUGCCUUUUAUACAAGUUUAUUAUAUUCAUAAAUUACCCAGCAUCAUAGGUACAAUCUCAUAUCGCAUUAUAAAAAUAAAUAUUACCUCAGGGUAAAAUCAGUCUUUGGAGCAAUAUUUAGCUAAUUUCCAAGUGAGCCAGAGUAUCAUAUUUCAUAUCAACAGAUACAUUACAAUCUCUGGAUCCACAUGACUUCGCCAGUUUUAAAAAUGAGCCUGUUAAUGCCCUACAAACACUAUAUUAAAUUUCAAGUGUGAUUAUUUCCAUUUUUUGUUUUUGUUUUUUUAUUAUUUCCAGUUCUGGUAUUUCUAGUUUAUAUGUUUAUCAUGUUGAAAAAUCUUAAAUCAGAUUUGGUUUAUUUUCGUUAUUUUGUCAUAAUAAAGACUAUUAUGUUAGUUUAUUAAAACCAAGGAGGCUGAUUUUAUUGAACACAGCCAUAUUUUUAUUGACUGUGAAUUCACAUUUAUAAUUGUUGGGAAAAAUGGGAAUCUUCCAUGAAUUUUAGAAUAUCUUGUUUAGUUUUCCAAUCCAAUCAACUGUAUUUAUUGAGAAUAUUUAAAAAAAAACCCCAUUAAAGUUUAUCAAGGUGUGACACAGUGAAUAAAAAGCAGAAAUAAAAACAUAAAUAUAUAAAACAUAAAAGCACACAAUAAAACGAAAUACAAACAUAAAUGCAUAUAUCUAAAUAAAAGCAAAACUUUAAGUAUUUGAUGUAGGAUGUAUUAGCUCCUUUGUGUUUAAAGGUUAUAUGGUAACUGAAAUAACAAUUGUGCAUGAUUGACCUGGGCUGUGGUGAUGGGGCCCAAUGAGGUAUCUUUUCAUGCUGUCCAGAACUCCUCGUGGAGCUGGCAGAGCUGUCAACAUGGUGUGUAAGGCCAAGAGGAUACUCACAGGGACUACUGUGACAUCUAAGACCAGGGUUAGGUGACAGCUUCUGAAGUAGGAAGACUGGACAGCCUCCAACUUGAACUCAAACUUUGUUGUGUCACCUUUUCCACCUGAUAAAAAGUAAUACUGCUUGUUUCACUGCUGAAUUUCAAGCAUUGUUUACCUAUGUGAUGUGGUCAAUUUUUUUGUAAGACUUCCAUGUUGUAUACUAAAUUUUUACACUUAUAAAAAAAAUCUGUUUCAAAUAGUUUAAAUACCAGUGCUGCAAUAUUUUUUUAAGAAGGGCAAUAUUCUAAACAAUUUUAUUUUC